AUGAUCGAUACUAAUGAACAUUCAUCGAUUAUUUACCGUUCAAUUAAACAUGAUGAACACGAUCAAGCUUUACAUUUAUGGUAUUCUGUAUUUGAAGAAGCUAAACCAGGAUGUUUUGAGCGUGAUUUUACAAAUGAAGGAUCGCCUACAAGAGAAGAAGAUGAUACAAUUGGUGCAUGGCAUAAUGGAAAACUAGUAAGUGCUAUACAUAUUCGUCGUGUUCAAUUACAAUCUCGCGAUGAGAAUAAUGUGAAAUAUUUGUGUGGUGGAAUGUCGAAUGUUGCUACUUUACCAGAUUAUCGAAAUCAAGGUAUUUCACGUAAUCUUCUUCGUAUGGGUAUUAAACACAUGGAAAAAGAGAAUAAAUUCGAUUUAUCAAUAUUAGGUACUGGAAUAUGUAAACAUUAUUCUGUUCUUGGUUGGGAACAAAUGAAUGUACCAACUCUUAUGACAAUUGAAUGGAAAAAUUUUGAUAAAAGAAUAGAUAAUAUUCACUGGUAUGCAACAUCUGAAAUUAUUCACAGAGAAAAACAACUUUUACUCGAUCUUUACACGAAAAGUCCACGAGAAUAUCAAUUUGACCGAUCACCUUCAACUUUUCUUGAACAUUUCGUAGGAUGGAACUGGCAACUAGAAAAAGAUAUUAUCUACAUUUGUCGUGACAAUCAAUUAGGUUAUAUUGUAAUUGGAAAAGCAGAAGACAUUGACAAUAUCUACAUAUCGGAAUGGAGAGCACCAAAUGUUGAAGUUGAACAAAAGUUAUUCAGUGUUGCUGUACAAGAAAUUCAACGUCGACAGAAACAACAAACGAAUAAUAUACGCGUACAUGGCUUACCUCAACAUAUGACACUAAACGAAUUUGAACAAUGGGCUGGCAAAAUUAACAUAGAAUAUGAAAACGAUAUGAUGAUACGUAAUGUUCAACUUCCUCAUGAAAUAUUUGAAAAAAUUAAAGUCGCUUAUUCGAAAGGAUCAGCUACUUUUUGGCAAGGUGAUAUGUUUUAA